AUGAGUGACGAUGGACCUCAUAACGAGCAUCCUCCUCCUUGGCAACACGAUGACGAGGAGGAGGAGAAGCCGGGCGGUAUCUUUUCCUUCUUGAGAGCUUCUCAUCUGCCAGUUCUAAUUGCCGGCAUCCUCAUUUCGGCGGUAGCAGGCCUAUUGCAACCCGCUAUGGCCAUAUAUCUUGGCAGAUUCUUCAACGCCUUUUCAGAUUUUGCUUCGAACGUCAUUGAUGAGUCUACCUUCACUAGAAACACUUCAAGAAGCAUAUAUGCCUUGCUCGCCAUAGGGCUGUGUACCCUUCUUUUGAAAGGUGGCGUUUUCGUGUGCUGGGUUGGCUUCGGCGAGCUCCAAGCGAAGUCUGCUCGCCUUGUGGUUUUUCAGGCAUUGUUGAACCGGGACAUUGAAUGGUUCGAUGGCCAAAUUGUCGGCAUGGCAGCGCUGCUUGAGAGGACGCACUCGCAAAUCCAAGAAAUGCACCUUGCGAAUUCACAACCAUUGGGUCUUUCGAUUCUGGCACUUGUCCAGGCUUUGUCGUCGCUUGGCCUUGCGUUGGGUACGAACUGGAAGUUGACCUUGGUGGUACUAUCCACCUUACCAGUCAUUCUGGUCGGGGUUUCCUUGAUAUCUCGUCGAGGGCAAAAGUACAUUGAUCGUCAGAACACCAGUCUGGAUCAAGCGAUGAAGGCUGCGAAUCACUUCAUUUCGAACAUUGUGAUGGUCAAGUGCUUCAACGCUGAAGUUCAUGAAAGGCGCAAAUACGUCAUGGCAAUUGAAGAAGCUGCUAGGAAUUCCCACACAUUAUGCAUCUUCAAAGGGUUGCAAAGUGGCUUCGUCCGAUUUGCAACUACAAUCAUUUUUUGUCUAGGUCUUUGGUAUGGGGGAACACAAGUUCAUGCCGGAACAAUCAGCCCUGGCGAAGUGGUCACAACAUUUUGGUCAUGCCUGCUUGCCGCCAAAGCAUUCGAGGACAUUCUUCCUCAAAGUUUCCUGCUUCUGGAAGGUAGGAGAUCAGCACAGUCUCUCGCGGCAAUAUUGCACUACAUUAAAAAUGGGAAACUACAGCAGGAGAAAAGUGCCGGGUGUUCACCAAGAUUCUGUGAUGGUGCGAUUGCCAUGCGCGGAGUAUCUUUCGCAUAUCCUUCCAGGCCCACAGAAUUGGUGCUCCGAGAUUGCGACAUCUGUUUUCCUGCUGGGCAGAUUACUUUCCUUGUGGGCAAAAGUGGCUGCGGCAAAAGUACUGUCGGCAAUUUGCUCAUGCGCUUCUAUCUUGCCAGAAGUGGCACCGUCACCAUUGACGGCGUUGAUAUUUCAGAUCUGAACAGAACAUGGCUCAGAAAUAACAUUACAUUGGUUCAGCAGCAGAGCGUACUUUUCAACGAGACAAUAUUCACAAACAUUGCACUUGGCAGCCAAGACCCUUCCCGGGUCACGCUCUCCCAAGUUGAGAUAUGUUCGUCGGUGGCGUCUCUGGAUGGCAUGAUAUCGAAUCUUCCCCACGGUCUUGCGACCAUGAUCGGAUCUAGAGGUUCCACAUUGUCUGGCGGACAGAGGCAGCGUGUUGCAAUUGCUCGUGCCAGACUUCGGGACACCCCGGUCUUAAUCCUCGAUGAAGCGACAAGCGCCCUUGAUACCCACAACAGAAAUGCUGUGAUGGAGUCAAUUCGUCAUUGGCGAAGGGGUAGGACAACAAUCAUCGUCACCCAUGACUUGACCCAGAUACGUCAAGGAGACCUAGUAUACGUGAUGGAUGCAGGUCGAGUCAUCCAUCGCGGAAGUCUCAGCACCCUUGGAGAUUUACAACAUAAGCUGCAUCUGGACGGGUCUAGUCAGCACACGCAGCCGUAUUUAUACCGAAGCAAGGCUGGGAGAUCGACGGCAAGUAUUUCCAUCAGGGGGUUGGAUUCUAUCCGUCGAACAUCACAGAAACAACCUUCAUCAAAUCUAGGCAUACGAAGGGUAGUCCGCCAGUCAGACCACAGCAGAGGCAGUUUCUCGACGGUGUUAACUUUACGCACUGAUCCAGCAUUUCAGAAACUGAAGCGGCAGUCCCUAAGCCGUGCUCGAGCCAUGUAUUCUGCAGAAAUAGUACCAGUCACUGUCGACAAAGUUACUGGUCUCCCGAACGUGGUUGCAGGUGACUGCAUUACAAAUCUAUCUGACUAUUCUGCAGCCAAUCCGCCCUGCAAUGACACGUUAGCAGUCGGAACUUCUGCAAUUGAACUCCCAAACACUACAUCAGAAGAUAAUAGUGUGAUUGGCUCGAAAACUAUUGAUGGUGAAAAGCCUGCUCGAGACUCAACACUCAAAAUCCUGCAGAGGGUGUGGCCAUUUCUGAAUGCGACCACUCGGGUCAAGCUUAUUCUAGGUUUCAUGGCAGCUCUCAUCCAUGCGGGAUCUCCACCGGCAUUCGCAUACGCCAUCAUACAGCUGUUCGGCACAUUCAGCAUGUAUUCUGGCUAUCACACAAAAGUGCUGAUCUAUUCACUUGCCAUAAUUGGAGUGGCAGUAAUUGACGGCCUUGCGUGUGCUUCUAUGCAGUACCUCUUGGGCACGGUAAGUCAGACAUGGGUUGAUACGCUUCGAAGGGCGGCAGUAAAACGCAUCUUGCAGCAGCCAAAGGGUUGGUUUGACAAAGAGACCAACAAUCCUUCGAUUCUAGUGUCCUCACUUGACCGGAAUGCUGAAGGGGUCAGGGUUCUUGUGGACCAUUUUGCUCCUCAGGUCCUUGUCGUCAUGGUCAUGAUGACUGUAGGACUUUCAUGGUCUUUGGUCACAUGUUGGAAGAUGGCUCUUGUGAGCCUCGCAGGUAUGCCAGUCAUCUAUGCGGUUGUGAAACUUCUGGACGUGAUAUCCUUCCGGUGGUCCGCACGAAUGAACUCAGCAGUAGAAAGACUUCUGGAUGUCUUCAUCGAGACUUUCUCCGACAUCAAGACAGUCAGGGCUUUGACGCUUGAGUCUUUCUUUCAUGAGAAGUAUUCCCGAACCCUAGAGGCAGCAUUUGACAUUGGCGUACGUCGCGCAAUCUACACCGGGGCCUGCUAUGGUCUGUCAGAAGCAGUCAUUACCCUCUUCACGCCAAUGCUUUUUUGGUAUGGUGUACAUCUGGCCAAAAGCAGAGAAUGGCCAGCAAUGGACAUUCUGACAGUAUUUUCCCUUCUCUUAUUCAGUACCGCCAGCGCGAGCGCCGUCAUGGCUUACGUUCCACGUGUCAGCUCAGCUACGGAACACGCCACUCGACUCAUCGAACUCGCCAGAAUGGCAGUCCAUUCCCACGAGAAUGCUGGAAUGUUAAAACUGGACAAGACUAAGUCGGAUAAACUUGGAGUGGCAGUCAGUUUCACAAACCAGACCUUCUUUUACCCUACCCGCCUGGAGACCCCUGCUCUCCGGCGGUUGAACCUGACCAUCCCCAGUGGAAAAUGUACCGCAGUAGUUGGAUCUUCGGGAUCUGGGAAAUCCACAAUUACGUCCUUGAUACUGGGCUUAUAUCCUCCCGCAGCAAAUAAAUCAGUCACUGUAGAGACAGCACUCGCACCCGAUGUGCGGGAGCCAGUCGCGUUGACGUUGUUCGGGUUUGAUAUACGAACCUUGGAGAUGGCAACUCUUCGAUCACUGAUUGCCGUUGUACCACAGACACCAUUUCUCCUUCCAGCUACAGUUCGUGAAAACAUAAUUUAUGGGCUCGAACCUGGCUCUAGCCUGGCAUCAGCAAGAUGCAUUGAAUCUGCGGCCGGAUCCGCUGGAAUCCACGAAUUCAUUCAAUCUCUACCGCAAGGCUACGCAACUAUUAUCGGUGAAGGUCGGCAGGGUCUUUCGGGAGGCCAGGCCCAACGAAUAGUGAUUGCUAGAGCAUUAGUCCGCGAUCCCAAGAUCCUGAUCCUGGACGAAGCGACAAGUGCCUUGGAUCGCGAAAGCGCUGACACUAUCAGAACGAGCAUUAUACGUCUAAUCCGAGAAAGGCAAGGCACAAUGACGGCGAUAGUGAUCACCCAUGCCAUGGAAAUGAUGACCUUUGCCGACCAGGUGGUGGUCUUGGAGAACGGAAGUGCGGUCGAAGAAGGCCCCUACUAUGACUUGAUCCGCAGAAAGGGCAAGCUGUGGGACUUGCUUGCGGUCGGUCAGCAGUUGCAAGGAGCGUGA